AUGACAGACAUAACCAAAACGUUUCGUGCAAUCAUAAAAGCGAAGCAAAUCUCGAGUGAUUUCAAUCUUGGAUUGAGCAAACGUUCGAAAAAGAAUGAAAAAAUCUCGACAGGAUUUUUAUCUCAAGCAAAGAUCAUUCUAAGUGACAUCACAAAACUGAAAUAUUCUUUAUUGGAAUCUCGAACGAAUUAUCUUAGUCCAAUUUACCUUCUCUCUUCAACAAACAAGAUUAUGAAUGACGAACAACGUCAUGACUACGAACAGCAUGUCGAGAGACAAAUUAAACGCUGUCGAGACAAUCUUGAAGAAUUAAAAUCUUCGAUUGGGUUAAUUUGCUUUCAAGGACAACGACGUGCACAUUUCGAGUUAGUUUGCGCGUACUUGGAACGUGAUCUCGUCGAAUGUACAAAGAUUUACAGUGAACAAAAAUGUUUACGAUACAAGCGUGAAUCUGAAAGGAAGAAAAUUGGAAGAUUAGACAACGACGUCCUGCGAGUCACUCUGAGCGCUAAUAAGAAUAAAACAGAAAAUUUAGUCGAAAAUGCCAAGAAUGAGAACAACUCGGAAAUUAUCGUCACGAAAAUUUCGCAAUUCGACGCAGAUGAACAGGAACAUCAGAUUCCAUCGGCACCAUUGAAGUCAACUGAAUUACAUCAACUACAACUGGAAAAUGAUCGCUUGUAUCAUGAUGUCGCACAACGUAGUGAGGAAAUUCACGCCAUAUCAACUCAAGUUGUCGAAAUUGCUCAACUACAGAACGAAUUAUUUGAUAACAUCUUCAGUCAAAAGGAUCUCAUUCAAAAUGUUGAUGCUGCAGCAGUGGCAAGUAAUGAUGACUUAGCUGCUGCGAUUAUACACAUUCGUGAUGCGAUCAGAAACACUGCCCAAAUGCGUCGUUGGGUGAUCUUUUUCUUACUUGUUAUGAUUUUUUCCCUUCUCUUUCUCGAUUGGUACAAUGUGUGA